CGCCCGAAGACCAAUACUCUCGACAACGCAUUAUCAUCAAACGGCGAUUCGGACUUCUGCCCACUCAACAACCCCUGCCUAAAUACUAAAUCCAUCCAGCCCCCACCCACCACAGCUCUACCCCCACCCGCCCCCACGGGUUUAUGGUGGUCCAAGCCAUGAGUGAGCCCGGGGUGGCCGCGGAUUUGCCGGCCCAUCGGGCCUUGUUGGCUGAGGUCCGGCCCGUGGCUGACAAGACGCAGGUCUUGGCACGUUGCCUUCGAGAGACGCUCCAGUCCAAGCCGGCCAAUCCGGCUGAGGGCUUGAGCUUCCUGACGCUCAAAAACUUGCUCAUGACGCAGUACCUGGCCAAUCUGACGCAGGUCAUGCGAUGGAAGAGUGCGGGUCGAGCCCUAGCCGGUCAGGCCCCCGUGGAGCAGUUAGUGACCUUGCGCACGGUGCUGGAAAAGAUGCGACCCAUUGAACAGAAACUCAAGUAUCAGAUCGACAAAGCUCUCAAAGUGGCCGAAAGCGGGCGCAUCCAGACCGACGAUCCUUUGCAUUUCAAGCCCGAUCCACGGGCCUUGAUGAGCAAAUUGGCCCAGGCGGACCCCAGCACUUCGGAUGAGGAAGCCGAUCCUGCCGCGGCCCCCCGUUCAGCCAAGUAUGUGGUGCCCAAGCACGUGCCGGCCUUUUUCGACGGGGGCCAAAAUCCGGCCGAUGGAGAGCCCGACCAGGCUCAACGGCGGGCCCGUAAGUCCGUUUUGAGUCGGGGCUUGAUUGAAGAUCUGAAGCGGCAGCAUCUGGACACGCCCGAAGAGAUCCACGAGCGCGAGGAUGUCAUGCGACAGCGGCACAUUCACGCCAUGAAGGAGCGCGUACGCUAUGAAGAGGAUAAUUUCAUGCGCCUGCCCGUGCCCAAGCGUAUGAAGCACGCCCGUGGCCAGAUGAACACCAUCGGGAAUAUCGGCGAUGAAGUGACGGGCUUUGGCGGGGGUGAUGACAGCCGGGACCGGAAAGGGAGUGGCUCGCGUAAAGGCGGGAAAAGUUUCAAGAAAGGCGCGGCCAAGAAAAAAUUCCGUCGAUGAGAAAUGAAUAAUCCGCAUUAAACACGUUUUCACCAUUCA